GGCCUGACCGGAGCCUCCCCGGGGCCUGCUCGGGGCCUUUUGCGGCCUUACCGGGGCCUCCCCGCCGCUUUUCGGGGCUCGACGGGGCCGUUUGGGGCAUCCCCGGGGCUCGGGGGCGCCGUUUGCGGCCUUACCGGGGCCUCGCCGGGCUUUGACCGGAGCUUUUUGGGGUCGAACCGGGCCCUUCCCGAGGCCUCCGGGGCUGAACCGGGGCUUUGAGGGCCUUUAACGGGGCGAGCCCUCCCGGUGCUCCCCGUUUUGGUUCUUUCUCGCUGGAAUUCGGGGCCGAUUUCAGCCGAAAUCGCGGCAAAAUCGGAUUUUUUUUUUGUUUAUUUUUAAUUUUUGUGUUGUUUAUUUAACAGCGCUUUUCCUGUUUUUUUUUUUUUUUUUUUUCCGGGAUUCCGGUUCCUCCCGUGGCUCAGAAAAUCCCGGGAUUUGCGGCGCAGCAGGAACGGGAUGAAAUGCCAAGGAUUUCUUCAGGCCGGCGAAUUUAUUUUUGUUUUUUUCUUGCGGUUUUUGUUUUGAUCGAAACAAAAUCCGCGAUCCAGGGAAUUCCUGCCUCGGCAAUGUCCGCCCUGGAACCGGGAAUGACUUAAAGGCAACGCCGCGCUUGGCUUUUCUUCGCUAAAUUAUUAAUUAGCAAAUUAAAAAAUAAUUUAAAAAAAGGGGUUUUUCUGGGGGGGGGGAAAAUAAUUCCGGUAAGGACUGAGAGCGCUCCAGGCAUCGCCGGAACUUUGGGGAUUUUUUUUUAGGGGGAAUUUGUUGGAAAAUUAAAGAGAAGGAAAAAGGGAUCGGAGAUCGCUGAGAGCGCCAGCGGGCACGGCUGAGGUGCCCAUGGCGGGUCGGAAGCGCGGCGCUGGCAGUGCCAACGGCGGCACGGGCGGCGCGGUGCCGUGGCCGGAGGAGCCGGGCGAGCGCGAGCAGGGCCUGUACUCGCUGCACCGCAUGUUCGACAUCGUGGGCGCGCAGCUGACGCACCGCGACGUGCGCGUGCUCUCCUUCCUCUUCGUGGACGUGCUGGACGAGGCCGAGCGCGGCCGCAUCCGCUCGGGCCGCGACUUCCUGCUGGCCCUGGAGCGCCAGGGCCGCUGCGACGAGAGCAACCUGCGGCAGCUGCUGCAGCUGCUGCGCAUCAUCACCCGCCACGACCUGCUGCCCUACGUCAGCCUCAAGAGGCGGCGCCCCGUGUGCCCGGACCUGGUGGACAAGUACCUGGAGGAGACGUCCAUCCGCUACGUCACCCCCCGCGCGCCCGGGGGGGCCCCGCCCGGCCUCGGCCACCCCCACAAAUCAGUGCCUGCCCCCCACCCGUCCCUGUGCUGCCCCCCGGGGGGGCCCCAGCUGGGCCCCAAGCGCCCGGGCCGGGCCCGGAGCCUCCUCGGGAGCCAACGGAAACGGAGAAAGUCAGCGACCCCCGACCCCAAGGAGAAACAGACCUGCGACAUCCGCCUGCGCGUGCGCGCCGAGUACUGCCAGCACGACUCCGCCCUGCACGGCAACGUCUUCUCCAACAAGCAGGACCCUCUGGAGCGCCAGUUCGAGCGCUUCAACCAGGCCAACACCAUCCUGAAAUCGCGGGAUUUGGGCUCCAUCAUCUGCGACAUCAAAUUCUCGGAGCUCACCUACCUCGACGCCUUCUGGCGGGAUUACAUCAACGGCUCCCUCCUGGAGGCCCUCAAGGGCGUCUUCAUCACGGACUCGCUCAAACAGGCCGUGGGCCACGAGGCCAUCAAGCUGCUGGUCAACGUGGACGAGGAGGAUUACGAGUUGGGUCGCCAGAAACUCCUCAGGAACUUGAUGCUCCACACGGCUCCCUGAGGGAUUCACCCCCACCCUGCCCCCCAGUUUGGGUUUUUUUGGGGUUUUUUUUGGGAUUUUCCUGGUUUUUUUUCCUCUCCCUCCCCGCCACCCCGGUUCUUCGGCGGAGUUGCGCUCGUGGAUUUGGGGAGGGUUGGAGGUGUGGGGGAUUCCGGGAUUUGGAGGUUUUUGGGGGUUCCUGGUGGGUUCUCCUUGUGUUUUCCAUGGGGUUUUCCCCUUCUGUUUUUUCUUUUGUAUCCAUUAAAACUGGUGAUGAAAAGGCAGAAAUCCCAUUGGUGCCACAUGCUGGGAUUUGGGGUGCGGAAUAUUCCAGAAUUCCUCACUUUGUCUUGUCAGUUCCUUCUUUUCUUUUUUGUUCUCCAUGUUUCCUUCCCGUUUUCUUUUUUUCCAUUAAAAAUGGUGAUGAAAAUGCAAAAA